AUCCCGCGCCAUUCUUGUCCCUCUCCUGGUGAACCGGAUGCGCUGUCAGUCUCCUCCUCCUCCGCGUCCUUAGCCUCCACCCAGCUCCCUGGAGAAGCCGCUGCCACCCCGAGGCCUUGGCCAGGAGAGGCUGCUGGCGACUGGCCUGGCGGGCGCGGGCACGGUAGGAGCUGGGCGCGCACGGCUACCGCGCGUGGAGGAGACACAGCCCUGCGGCCAUGAGUGCCAGGGCCGCUCCUUCACGCCGGAGACAGGCGGGCCGCCGGUUGCGCUACCUGCCUACUGGUAGCUUUCCCUUCCUCCUCUUGCUGCUGCUGCUCUGCAUCCAGCUCGGGGGCGGACAGAAGAAAAAGGAGAACCUUUUGGCUGAAAAAGUGGAGCAGCUGAUGGAAUGGAGUUCCAGGCGCUCGAUCUUCAGAAUGAACGGCGACAAGUUCCGGAAGUUUGUAAAAGCCCCACCUCGGAACUACUCCAUGAUCGUCAUGUUCACUGCUCUGCAGCCUCAGCGGCAGUGUUCUGUGUGCAGGCAGGCUAACGAAGAAUAUCAAAUCCUGGCUAAUUCCUGGCGUUAUUCAUCUGCUUUUUGCAACAAACUGUUUUUUGGAAUGGUGGACUAUGAUGAAGGGACAGAUGUUUUUCAACAGCUCAACAUGAACUCCGCUCCCACAUUCAUGCAUUUUCCUUCAAAAGGCAGACCCAAGAGAGCUGAUACUUUUGACCUUCAACGAAUUGGAUUUGCAGCUGAGCAGCUAGCAAAAUGGAUUGCCGACAGGACGGAUGUUCAUAUUCGAGUUUUCCGGCCACCCAACUACUCAGGCACCAUUGCUUUGGCCCUGUUAGUGUCACUGGUUGGUGGCUUGCUUUAUCUAAGGAGGAACAACUUGGAGUUUAUCUAUAACAAGACUGGUUGGGCCAUGGUAUCUCUGUGUAUAGUCUUUGCUAUGACGUCUGGCCAGAUGUGGAAUCAUAUCCGUGGACCUCCAUAUGCUCAUAAGAACCCACACAAUGGACAAGUGAGCUACAUUCAUGGAAGCAGCCAGGCUCAGUUUGUGGCAGAGUCACACAUCAUUCUAGUACUGAAUGCUGCUAUCACCAUGGGGAUGGUUCUUCUAAAUGAAGCAGCAACUUCCAAAGGGGAUGUCGGGAAAAGACGCAUCAUUUGCCUCGUGGGAUUGGGCUUGGUGGUCUUCUUCUUCAGUUUUCUCCUUUCAAUAUUUCGUUCAAAGUACCAUGGCUAUCCAUAUAGUGAUCUGGACAUUGAGUGAGAAGAUGUGAUUUGGACCAAGGCUCUUAAAACUCUGUACCCUCAGCUUUUUAAUUAAAUGAAGCCAAAUGGGAUUUGCGUAAAGUGAGUGUUUACUGUGAAGAGAAGCAGUUCCUGACAUUAUAUUAUUUGGAAUUCUUGAGGUUCAUUCUUUGUUGAUUGUGAUAUACUAGCUUAUUCUUGUAUAAUUUUUUUAAACUGUGGAUUUUCCUAAAACAUUUAAUUUAUAGAAAUGGAUGUGUAACAUUCCAUAAUCCGCAAUGGACUAUCAAAGUGUUUUUAAAUAUUCUCAAUGUAUGCCACAGGAGUGAAAUAAAUGACAUUGUAACUAUGAAUUCAUGUUUUAGAAUUGUGUGUGCUCCCAUGUAAGGAAACCACUUGUUAGUAAAGAAAUCCAUGGAUUAUAUGUAAAAGAAUUGCUAGUACUGUACAAGGAUAGAGCAUAUGCAUGAAAUAUGUCGUGUGGACAAUAAUUCUUACUUCAGUUUCACUUAUAAAGGAUGAACACUGUUACAAAAGUGUUUUGUUAUUCUUCUUCACAACUAGAUCAUAAAUACAUAGGACAAAGAGGUGGAUAAGUGUUAAUGCCAGUUCAGAUCCUUAACCUAAAGAACGAAGCUAGAAGGAACCUUAGACUUCACCAUACCUCCAAUGGAGUCAGGCAAUAGAACCAUGUGUCAUUAUUCAAUGUUUUUGUGAAGCUCUUUACAAAUUCUGACUCAUGAAAUCCAAUCUACUACGGUCACUUUCCUUUUGUUUAAUGGACCGGGCAGGGACCUGGAUCCCUAUGAAUUGUUAGUUUUCCCAGAAUGACUCAGAUGAAGCUUCUUGAUAACCAAAUACAGAAGGAAUGUAACUAUUGUUAUUGUUUGUUGUUAACGAACGUAACUGUGUAUAGCAUACCCAUGUACAUCCCAGUAUUCCUCACAUCUUUUCAAUAGACAGGCAAUGCAAGAACUUUUCUGUGAGUUAUAGAGAUAGUAGAAACCAGCUGAAAACCAAAAUAUAAGUUGUACUUAUAAUCAGCCUUUUAAACAUUUUUUGUAAAACUCUGUACUGCAACUGAAAGAAAUAUUUCCUUAAUUGGUUCAGUAAGUUUUAACAUUUUUAAAAGCUUAUAUCUGAAUAGUAAAACUGUGGAGUGAUUUAUCCAGUGGCAAUCCCAGCUGUAUAGUCACAAAUAGGAGUAAUACUAUUCUCUGAAUUUGCAUAAUAAUUUAGAACUACAUUAACUUUAUCAUACUCUGAUAUCUCUUACUAAAGCAUAGUUUCCUUAGUUCACUUAAGAGAUCUAAUAAACUCAGCAUUGAGAUUCCUUUUAUGGAAAAAUUCGGCAUAAUUUUCUGUUCGAUGCCUGUCCCUAGGUAUCAUUUGAAUUGGAGUUGUACCAUUCAACUAUUGCUAUAGUCUCAAACUUAACUGACUCUGAACUUCAGAGUGCAAAUGGAAUUUGUUUCCAGACCUUAAAAAUAACAGAUAUUUGUUAUAAUUAAAUGUCGUCAUUCCCUAUAUCUCAAAAUGAUCUUCUAGUUAAUUAAAUCAUAUUGACAAAACACGUCAAAUCUCACUUUAAAGGCUAAUAGUAUAUAUGCAUAACCCCAGCCAGGCCAUCCAAGCCCAUGGAAUGGAGGUUUGGAGGUAGAUAUUUCUUUAUCUUACAUUAUUAAGAAAUUUUCCAGUUUGUAACAAUUUGUAAUUUUCUUAAGAUCAAAAAGAAGUUAAUUAAUUACAGGUUUGUUCAUGGGGUAUGAGGCCAGAUCCAAGGGGCUCCAGUGCCUCUGGGCCUUCCAGGCACCUGCACUUGUGUGUACAUAUGCAAACACAUUCACAAAAAAAGAAAAACAGUUCAAGUUUUCUUUUUCAUAAUUUCAUAUCUUAGAAUGGGACAGGUGGGGCAAAAGAGAUGGCUCACCAGGUAAAUGUUGCUUACUGUUCUUCCAGAAGACCAGGGUAUGGUUCCCAGCCUUCAGCAGGUGCCUUCCUACCAGCUACCGAUAACUGCAGUUCCAUGGCUCUGCCACUUUUAACCUUUAUUCACUGUAUUGAGAAUUUUCAUUCAAAUCAAUCAUACAUUUGACAGUUUCUCACUAGAAUUUAAAAAUUACUUUUCUCCUGUGACAGAAAAGUCCUGAUAGAAAAAAAAAAUCUCCUUUCAGGGAGUCUCAUUUUAUAGAGACAUUUGUUGGUCAUCUCCUUGUGUUGUCUUCAGCAUAGUGCUUCUUGAAUUAUGCAUUCAAACAAAUAAACCCAAUACUAUGUGCCAACCAUAAA